AUUACCCACAAACAAGUCCACAUUCCACAACUAUCAGAUAAUCACAACUCCAAAAACUAAACGGUAAACACCCACAAAAUGGCCGUGAAUAUGAGAAGGUGCAACAAAAGAGUCACUGAUCCCUUCAAUGAGAAAGUCCGAGCUAGAAUUUUUAGCUCCAUUAGUAGCACUACUAGCAGUAGUAGUGGCAGCGAGCACGACGCUGAAACCGACGUCGUAUCUUCGCCGUCGUUUUCUCUUUCCUCCGCCUCUAAUUUAUCCCACCUUGUACAGAACUUUCUAGAAAACAAUUCCCCGUCUAACACUACCACAAAAAGUACCUACGACCCGUUCCACACUCAGGACUCGUCCGACUCCGACUCGGACGAGUUCUUACGUUCUGAUCCAACCGCAAUAAUUAACGACGUUAUUAAUCCGAUUGUUUGGAACAAUGCUGAUCCAUUUCGGAACCAGCUUCUCUCUCACGUUAUCAAAGCAUCCGAGAUUUUCUCCAUUUUUCGGACCAAAAGUAAAUCGAUGUUUAACCGGAAUUUAAUGGCGUACCUCCGUGAAAUCGGCUACAACGCUGGAUUGUGCAAGACAAAAUGGGACACCUCUGCCGGCGGAACCCUAACUGCCGGAAAUUACGAAUUUAUUGACGUUAUCCGGCCGAAUUCAUUGGUUAGGUAUGUUAUUGACGCCGAAUUUGCCGGCGAGUUUGAGAUCGCGAGAGAAACGGAGAACUACAGGAUUUUGAGAAGCUCGUUGCCUAGGGCUUUCGUCGGACAAGUAGAGGAUCUAAAGAAGAUCAUACGGACAUUGUGCGACGAAGCUCGGAGAUCGAUGAAGAUCAACGCCCUUACUUUGCCGCCGUGGAGGAGGAACCGCUACAUGCAGAUAAAGUGGCUCGGCGCGUACCGUCGAACCACGAAUUAUUUACCGUCAUCUACGGCGGAUUCCUCGACGGCGGCGUCGAAUUUUCCCGUGAAAUGUCGAUCUGUGGGAUUUGAUGUUUCCAGUAAUAGUGGCCGGUUUUUGUUUCCGCCGGUGGCUAGGACUAGAUAGUUUAGUUUAAUUUGAUUGAGUUUAUUAUUUAUUAUUAUUUAUGGUGGGCAGAUUGUAAAUACGGAGUAUAUUUUUCAAUUAGUUGAUGGCUGAUUGGCUGGGCAAUUUUGAGAUAUAUUCUGAUAUUUACUCCUUUGAACGGUAAAAAGAUAAAAAAUGGCCAUAAUCUAACAUGUACGGAGUAUUAUGCAGGAAUAAUAAAAGGGCUUUGUUCGUUUGAAAAA